CCAGUUCAACUAAGUGGUGGAGCCACAGGGCAAUUGAACAUUUUGGUGUCAAAGCGAAACAAAAACAAUUUGAAACUACUGAAAUGGACGACGAUAAUGAUAAAUUGUCCCGGUUUAAGAAGUUACAACAACGACGAAGCGAACUUAAGCGACUUAACCGAGCUGAGGUCGUUGAGGAAGAUCGAAAGAAGAAACUGCCGUCGAAUUGGGAGGCCGUUCAAAAGAAGGCAGAGUGGAAACUUAAUGAAAUCGAGAAAAGCAAGGAAUUCGCCGAUGCUGGUAAAGAUUACGACAGAGUUAAAUUGUUGGAUGUGAGCGCGAGCGAUGCCGAGAAAAAGGUUGCAGCAAAAAGAAGGAAGAAAAAUCCUGAUAUUGGGUUUUCAACCUUCGAAGAAGCAGGAACUCGUCUUUACCAGAAGUUGGCGCAAAAGAUCGAGCCCGACAUGGAGAAUUAUGAGCGUCGAAAAGAAGAGAUGGGGGAAGAUAUCUUCUACGCGGGGAUGAACACACUGUUGCCAGGCCAAGUAAAAGACACAAAAGCUGGAAUCGAUCGAAUGGUGGACGAUUUAAACGAACGGAAAGCGAAGAAGAAACCCUUCAGCCGCCGUAGAGCAUAUGACGAUUCAAACGACAUCGACUACAUUAACGAAGGCAACGCACGAUGCAACCGAAAGUUGGAGAAGUUUUACGGACAAUAUACUGCAGAGAUCAAACAGAACCUGGAGCGAGGGACAGCUGUUUAAGGCAAGUUUCAUCUUUUGUCGCUUUUCGUAUUUUCUUGAAGUAAAAUGUACAAAUGACCAUUUUGUUAUUUAGUUUUAUGCUUCAUACUUUGUUUUCACUUGGGGGUUUUAUCAUAUUGUGGAUAUUCACAAUUAUUGUUGAAUGUACCAAUCAUGGUUUAAUGUAAACUAUUUCUGCCAAUAAUAAUACCUGGGAAUUUUAAACCUGUGUCCAGGAACUUGUGUGUUCUACAGUUACUGUUUGUUAAUUACGAUGUUGAUGGAUUACUUUUGGAAGGAGUAUUAUUUACUUCUUAGUUUAACACUGACAUGGGUCAUAACUCAAAUAUACAAUGAUUUUACGUUUCCUGCUUACUAUCAAGUAAACAUUAUUGCAACAACAGCGUUUGUACUUUGAUGACCGUUGUCAUUGCUUAUAUUUAUGUGGCUGAACCGCUUGUUACAAUUGUAUCUACAACAUGCGUUGCCCGAGGACCAUACACCAACAAUAGUGGCGGCCUUGAACCUUGAACCUGGUACCCUACAGUCCACUGAACCAAUAAACCACCACACCUACAUUAAAACGACAACGAAUAAA